AUGUUCGCUAAGAUGAACACCACACUCCUUUCCCUCAUGGGCUUCCUUGCCCUCACCAGUGCCCUCCCAAACGGCCCUAAGGAAACCCCACCCCCGUCGCUGGAGCAGCGCCAGGACAGCUUCAUCGCCUACCAUGCCCAGAAACCUCGACAGGCCAGCGUCACCGCAGGGCCGGACCAGCUGACCAUCACCGUCGUGAACAAGAUGUCCGAACCCGUGAGCACCUCGUACGUUGGCAACGCGGGCGUGCCUGGCCCCGUCUCCGGCGGAACUGGCACAGGUACUCUGAAGCCGGGCCAGACUGCCACGCUCGUCGCUCCAAAGGAGUGGGCGGGCAAUGUCGCCGUGAACCUGGACAAGUACCCCAUGAAUGGAGACGUCUCGCUUCUCGAGGGUUCAUUGAUGUCAUGGGGCGAUGUUGGCUACCGCGUGGACAUGGACGUUUCAUAUGUCAACGGCUUCUCCGUCCCAAUAACCUGCUCCUGCAACGCCGACAAGGCCGUGCUGUCGGGCUGCUCGCUCGACCUCUGGAGCAUGGGCAGCUGCUCGGGCGACGCGGGCACCAACAACGGCAAGGGCGCGUGCACCAACCCGCUGCGCCCGGUCGACACGGACAACCUGGAGGCGACGAGCUUCUUCGCCCCCUGCGAGGGCGCCGCCUUCACGUGGCCGCGCGACGACGCCAACUCGGAGGGCAAGUGCCAGGCCGCGGAGGUGACGUGCUGCAUCGGCUCGACGGCGGACGGGUGUCCUGUGAACCCUAAGCAGAAGGGCUCGUCUUAG